UAGUAUCAAACCGAUUUCCUAGAAGUUGAUAUGAAAAAAUCCGCAGUAAUAUUAUUUUGCCUAAUUGGCAGCGCUUUGGCUGCACCACCCAAAGUGGAACCCGUUCCCCUGAUGGAUGCCACGGCCGGUGACAAUGAUAUAUUGGGUGGACGCAUUACCAAUGGCCAGCAAGCCGUUGCCGAUCAAUUCCCCUGGCAAGUGGGACUAUCGUUGCAAAAGAGCCUCCUCACAUCGUCAUGGUGUGGUGGUUCUUUGAUUGGCACAAAUUGGGUCCUAACCGCUGCCCAUUGUACCAGUGGAGCGACGCGUGUUACAGUCUAUUUGGGAAGUACUCUUCGAACCAGUCCCAAAGUCAGCUUUUUGGUUGAUGGUGGGGAAAUCUAUCAACAUCUCAAUUUCAAUGCCCAGUCCUUGUCGAAUGAUAUAUCCCUGAUAAGAAUUCCCCCAGUGUCGUACAGUAGUUCCAUAAAACCCGUAAGAUUGCCCUCUAUUUCGUCAUUUUAUUCUACCUAUGUUGGGGAAUACGCCAUUGCUUCCGGUUGGGGUCGUACUUCGGAUGAUUCUACUGUUUCUCCAAAUUUGAAUUAUGCCCGCCUGCCAAUCAUAUCCAACAGCCAGUGUGCCUCUGUCUAUGGCAGUACGGUAGUCACAUCUAAUAGCAUUUGUGUGUCAACCCCCGGUGGUGCCUCCACAUGCAAUGGUGACUCUGGUGGCCCCUUGGUUUUGGAAUCUAAUAAUGUCUUGGUCGGCAUAUCAUCAUUUGUUGCUUCCCUCGGCUGUACAGCUGGUUAUCCUGCUGGCUUUGUACGUGUAACAAGCUAUUUGGAAUGGAUUUACACCUUAACUGGCAUUUAUUAUUUUUAAAAAAUUUUAAAAGUUCCCAAAAAGUGUUGAGUGUAUGAAGUUUUUGGAA